GUCUCAGACUGACUACUUUACACUUUAGAGUGUAACUAUUAAGCCCCGGUAGUUGUGCCGUGCUUCGAUGUAGCCUCUUCUCCAGAAGGGCCUACUAGGCUUCACCAACUUGUUUGGCUGGAAGGGGCACCACAGGAUCCGACAAAACUACCGGAGUUCAAUAGUUGUUUUCGGGAGGUAAAAUCCGACUCACACGUCCGCGCCGUGCCUCCUGGAUAACGGGGCUCAUUCCCAUUAACUAACGUGAGCGGUAACCCGGGUGGUGGAGAUCGGGCUAAUCACCCACUCUACUUAUACCCAUCCACUGAUUAAAAAUCCUACAAUGAAACAAUGUAUCUGUACCUUUGGUUAAAAAAAACAAAAAAAAUCCCAGAAACUUCCAAGAACUAAAACUUGGCUUAUGGAACGUCCGUGGUUGCUCACAGGAAAGUAAAUUACAUCAAAUUGCUAGUCAAAUAACUGAACGUCAGUGCCACCUAGCAGUGAUUACUGAAACCAGAAUGCCAAGCAAAAUAUUAGAAAUGGACGAAAACACAACUCUGUUUAACUGCAACCCAGAUAUAAACAAUCACAAAAACACUGGUGUCGCCUUCAUCAUCAAUAAUCACACAAACAUCACAACAUCUCACUUCAAUGAAAUAAAAGGCAGAAUCGCAACAAUAAUGAUCCACUUCAAAUCAAUGAAUCAAUCCUUCAACUUUAUUGGAUGCUAUUCCCCCACAGAAACUUCAGAUGAUGACAAUCAAAAAGAUAAUUUCUACAUCUCACUAAAACGAACAAUCAUGAAUAUCAAACAAAACAGACUACCAAUAGUACUAAUGGGUGACUUCAACUGCAGAUUAAGCCAAGAAUUACACACAAUGAAUCCUCACAUUAUUGGCAAAGCAAUCAAACUAGAAGACACCUCACCAAAUGGCAUCAGAUUAAUCAACCUUUGCCAAUCAACGAAACUAAAAAUUAUGAACACCUUCAUACAAAAACCGCAAAGCAAAUCCAUCACAUGGAUGCACCCGAACACAAAUGAUACUCAUACCAUCGAUCUAAUUCUACUAGAUAACAAACCCAAUCAAAAUAUCACAAUAUGCGACAUACAUAACUCCCGAUCAAUGGACGCCAACUCAGAUCACUUCAUGCUCACCACAAUAAUUAAACUCCAACACAAAAAGAGAAACAAGAAACACAAACACGAGCAUACACACAAGAAACGCACACAAAAUAACACACGAAAUGCUAUUCAAUCCAUGUCCUCUGAUUACCCUACAAUAUUAACAAAUCUAAUAAAUGAAGCAAAUGAUUUGGCACAAAUAGAAAAAGCCAUUAUGCAUGCUGCACCAAUAUCUGCAAACCCCCGAAAAUCAGCAACUAAAAGAUGGCAAACACAGAUCAGUGAGGACCUAAAGGAAAGCAACUAAGACAAUCCAACUGUAGAAACCAAAAACAAAUAUAAUCAAGCAAACAAACUAGUAAAACUUAAAAUAAAAUCAGCCAAAGAAGACUACAUUCAAAACGAAACUAAGGAAAUGAAUGCCUUCUUCGAACAAAAUGAUCUACACUCAGCGUAUAAAAUGCUUGACGACAUAUUAGCCACAAUAAGAAAUCAAACAUAUAAACAACGAAGAAACCAAAUAAAAAGCAAAACACUUCAACAACAUUGCCAAAAUCUGUUUCAAUCAACAACAACACUAAACCUGGAAUCCUCAAACAUGAAUCAAUUCAAUGGACCUCCUCUAACAAAACCUGAACUUGAAAUAGUCAUCAAGAACCUAAAAAAUAACAAAAACCCCGGUAACAAUGGCAUAACCAAUGAGAUGAUCAAACAUGGUGGGGAGAAACUACAAAACAUCCUAUUAAACAUCAUGAACAAAUUCUGGACAAAUCCAAACGAAAUCCCAAAUCACUGGUUAAAUGCUAAUGUAAUAAGCAUAUACAAAAACAAAGGUUUGAAAUCAGAUCCAAAUAACUACAGAAGCAUCUUUCUACUCGACACACUGAGCAAAAUAUUCUCCGGAAUGAUCUGCAACAGACUAGUACAACAAACAGAUAAUCAAAUUCCGCCAACACAAUUUGGCUUCAGAAAACAUUUAACUACCAGUCAUGCAAUUACUACAAUCAGACAUGUAAUCCAAUGUGCUCUUGAUUCAAAGAAAACACUGAUCAUCAUCUUUGUAGACCGAACGAAAGCCUUCGAUAUCUAACCAAAGCAGCUAAUUCAGGAUGCACUAGCGAACGUGUCGUUCUGGAAACAUAAAUUUGUGCAUAAACAAACUACUAGAUAAUCCAAAAGGCUUCCUAGCGAAGACAAAACUGAAUUUCACUAUGCAUAGAGGAGUAAAACAAGGAAGCAAAGAAGGCCCUACCCUAUUCAAUCUUGUUUUCAAACAAAUUCUUGCACAUACAAUUGAUCACACUUUGAAAGGAAUUGAGCUGAAAAAUCAGAACAAUGAACCCUGGACAAUCAAACAUCUAGAAUAUGCUGACGAUCUAUGUAUAAUAGCCAACAACACAGAUGAAGCAACCAAAUCACUAAACUCCUUACAAAAAUAUCUUCGAAUGCUAAACAUGGAAAUUUCCACAUCCAAAACAAAAUCCAUGGUAAUAAACAAACAUGAUAACCUAAGUUCAAUAACCAUUGAAAACAAACAAAUAGAAGAAGUUACCAAUUCCCUCUAUCUCGGCUCAAUAUUAAACCACAAAGGAUCAGCAGACUACAAUUACACACAACAUAGCCAAGUCAAAGAAUGCUCUAAUCAAAACAUCACCUAUCUUAAAAACCAACAAAACUCAAUUUAUCAACGAAAACAAAGUUAAUCAAUACACUAGUAAUUCCGCAUCUCACAUACAGUCUAGAUUCCAUAGUCCUAAGAAAGACUGGUCUAGACUAGAAGCCGUCCUCAACACAACAUGACGUAUAAUCCUAAACAUCAAAGACAGAAAGGAACUUAACAUAGAACAACUACACAAAAAAAUACAACUCCCUAACAUUGCGACGAAAAUAAUGCAGAAUCGACUUAACCUAUGGUAUACGGCAAAUAAAAGAUCAAAUAACAUAAUGACCAAAACAUACACAAGACACAUAGAAAACCCAUCAAAACACCGUAAUGCACACACAAAAAGCUGGAUCAGACAAUUAACUCAAGACAUUAAUGAAAUGAAAGACAAACUACCGACAAACUGGCACAAGCAUCCAACGAAAGUAAAACUUGAAUCUUUUAGUGGUCAAGUGGAAGAUGGCUGGGAAGCCAACUCCAUUUUAAUUAAGUGUUACUCAGUAUUUAUAGGCAGACAAAAUAAACUACAGACAUGUGAUGAAUCAUGGGAUAUGAAGUGUACACACAUAUACGCUCAUGUGAAAACAGUCAAGGCUAAUAAGCGAAUAAUUGACAAGGUCAAAAUAUGGCUCAAGUAAAAUGAAUAAAAUAGGAUGUCUGGAAGUUAGAAUAAGGUAUAUGGGCUUGCCAUAAUAACUGACACUACAUAGCCCCCUUGUAGAAAAUAGCACAUUUAAAAAAUGUCUGUUUUCGAAAAUAACACUGAAGUGAUAUGAAGUUAAUGCUAACACUAAGUAGCCAAAAAAUUGUACAACACUCGAUAAAGUACAGUGUCACAUAAGGGGUGAGUGUAUUAUAUGAAAAUGUCAUGCUUAUGCAAAAGAAUACAUGAAUGUAGAAAAGACGCGGACAAAAAUGGAAACGUUAGCAUGCGAAUAUGAGCAAAUUAAUGAGCUUACAAAAAUUCAACAUGUACUAAUACUAUGACUGUCUGAACGAUAAAAUAACACGUUUGUAUGAGUGAUUCAAAGUAUCGUGAAAACAGUAAUAAAUUGUUUGUAGGUAUAACAGCGAAAUAAAUCGUCAAAAUGAGUACAGUAUAAUAUGACAGAAAUUGGUCUGUGAUGCUGGCAAAAUAGUGAAAUAUGCGAAAUAUAUGUUCUGUUGAGCCGCAGCAGAAUAAAUAGCAUCGAAUAGCGAUGAGUGAAUUCGAAUUUAAAUGCGUAACUCCCGUUCGUAGGAUGAUAAUAGUUAAGUCGUGAAAUAAUAACUGCAUCGACGGGUGAUAUUCGUUGCUGUACUGCAAUUGAUAAUAAUCAUAAAAUUUGAAGUCAGUGGACGUUGUCGUCUGCGUUAUGACAGAUGCAUUGAGUUAUCAUUAAAUAUGUAUUAGUAGAAGAAUGACCAGAUGAACAGAAUAGUGACUGAGUAGGCGAGGUACGUAGAGUCGUAUUCCUUUUUGGUCAUGAAGCCUAGAGUGGUUUGAGGGAGAUGCGCUCGAUCUCGUUUGUUACAAAACCGUACCAAGGCAUGACAAAAAUACCAAUACAUAUGGUUAGCGAUUGUGACGUAUGAGACUGACUUGGAUGUAACGAACAAGAGUGUAUCUUUGAGAGAGUAGCUCUAAACUCUACGUUCUGAUAUACUAUGCGAUGGGUAUAGAAUAGUAGUUGCAGUACUCGAAUAGCGUUUUCGAGUGAUAAGUGAUGCAGAAUGUAGUUAUGCACGUGGAAGAAUAGAUAAAAUGAGCGUAAUGGUUACUAAUCAGCUAGUCAGAAGCAUCCACAGACAUAAUAGGAGGCGAUUUCGAAAUGAAAAAUGUAUGUUGUGAUAACAUAAA